UCAACUCCAAAAAGAUGAUCUUAAAAGAAAUCAGGGAUUCUGAGAAACAACAAUGCGCAAUCUCAGAAACACUCGAUUUGAUCGGUGGAAUGCCCCAGCGCAAUUUUCAGGACGACCGUUGACAGCAACGACUUGGGAUCUCGCCAAUGACUCUGUUCUAUGCGCUUUUGGUCCAACCGAGAAUGAUCCUCUUAUAGAACUCGUGAGAGUCAAUAUAGGCUCAGAUACUUCUGAACAUUCAAUCAUCACAUCUUGGGAUGCGCCUUGUCCAAAUCCAGAACUUGCCUGUGAUGAGAUCUUGAGUCUUCAUUAUUUUGGAGAUAGCUUGACAGCAUGCCUCGUCUUAGCCGGUGGCGAUAUUGUUGUCGUCAGAGAGGAGCCUCGCGCUGGAGAGGACCGUAUUGAGAUUGUUGGUUCGGUUGAUGCCGGCAUCACUGCAGCAAGAUGGUCACCCGAUGAAGAACUUCUUGCUAUUACCACUAGAGCAGAUACGGUUGUGUUUAUGAGUAGAAGCUUUGAGGGCGUCACAGAUGUGACUAUGACUCCAGAAGAUCUCAAGGCAUCCAACCAUGUAUCUGUGGGGUGGGGCAAGAAGGAAACUCAAUUCCAAGGACGAGGAGCCAAGGCCCUAAAGGACCCAACCAUGCCAGAGAAAAUCGACGAAGGCGUCCUAAGCUCGAAUGAUGAUCACAGAGUAUCGAUAAGCUGGAGAGGGGAUGGUGCUUACCUGGCUGUGUCCACAAUUGAAGGCGGAGCCCGACGAAUUCUGCGAGUAUAUUCGAGAGAAGGAGUGUUGGACAGUGUCAGUGAACCAGUUGACGGUUUGGAAAGUGCUUUGAGCUGGAGACCAGCUGGAAAUCUCAUUUCUGGUGUUCAACGAUUUAAAGAUCGAGUCGAUGUAGUAUUCUUUGAAAGAAAUGGUUUGAGACAUGGCCAAUUCAGUCUUCGACUUACCUCUGAGCAGCUUCAAUCACCUGAUCAGAACAUCAAGUUGAUUUGGAACUCAGACUCGACGGUCUUGGCCGUAAUAAUGGCUGACUGUAUCCAGCUAUGGACCAUGGGAAAUUAUCAUUGGUACCUAAAGCAUGAAGUGGCUAUUGGUGGAUUGCAGCCAGUCUGUCCCGUCGUAUGGCACUCCGAAAAGCCGUUACGGUUUACAAUCGGAGCUUCAGACGGAUUUACUUUGAUCGAAUAUAUCUUCACAACGGCUCGAGGACCCAUAUCACCACCUGAAGACUAUGGACCAAUUGCCGUCAUCGAUGGCAAAAUCAUCAAGGUUACUCCCUUUCGAGCGGCCAAUAUUCCACCUCCAAUGGCCUUGCAUGAAGUUGAAGUGCAAUCAAACGCACUUGAUGUAGCGUUCAAUGCCGACACGUCUUUGGUCGCAUCCUUACAUAGCCAAGGCAUUUCACUUUUUGAAUGGAAGGCUGCCACUGUGCCAUCUGUAUCGCCAAAUCUCACUGGACGAGUCACAUUCGCUCAGAUAGACCGACAACAAUCUGUUUAUCAGCAGAUAUGUUUCGGUAGAACGAACGAGUUGCUAGUUCUGAAGCGUUGCGACUCGGAGUCUAACUCUGUGGUUGACCGAUAUGGCUUCGAUGAUGUUACUGGCAGGAUCGAGUUGAUAUCUUCGGAGACAGAAGGUGUCUCUUAUACACUUUUAAGCUCAUUCCAAGGCGACACUGCGUAUCCAUUCGUACAAAGCAGAUCAGGAGACUUGCACAGUCUUACUACUGCUGACCGAUCAACAUGGCAUUGUUCCUUUCCCCACUAUCUUCCUUGGGUGGAUGUCCUACUCGGAAUUAAAGCCAUUGCCUUUGGCAUGUCAGAAAAUGGUCAUUUGUACGCAAAUUCACGCCUACUACUGAAGAAUUGCACAUCCUUCCUGGUGACGCCAGCUCAUCUCAUUCUCACUACAACCACUCAUCUACUUAAAUUUGUACAUAUAACCAAUGUUGACGAUCUCGAAGUUCCCCCAGAUGAUCCAGAGAAGGAUGAACGAUGUCGCAGCAUCGAGCGCGGAGCACGGCUUGUAACAGCUAUGCCUACUUCUCUCAGUCUUGUGCUGCAAAUGCCUCGCGGCAACCUGGAAACGAUCUUCCCUCGCGCAAUGGUGUUAGCAGGAAUUAGAAAGCUGAUCGACGAAAAGAACUACAAGAAAGCUUUCACUCAUUGUAGAACGCAAAGAGUAGACAUGAACCUGCUCUACGAUCACGCGCCAGCGCAAUUCUUGGCGAAUGUACCUCUCUUUAUCGACCAAGUCAAGAAGAUCACUUACCUUGACCUCUUCUUAUCUUCGCUUAGGGAAGAAGAUGUCACACAGAGUAUGUAUAAAGAGACUAGAGCCAUGUCAACACAGGAGAAUGGCAUACCAGAAGUUAAUGGUAUCAAUGGAGUCAGCCAUCCUGAACCGAGCUCUGGAAAGACUUCAAAGGUCAACAAAGUUUGUGAUGCCUUCCUCGAAAUUAUGAAGGCCAGGACAUCCACAAAUCUACAGAAUAUCAUCACCGCCAAUGUGUGCAAAUCACCUCCUGCUCUGGACGAUGGCUUGCUCGUAGUCGCUCAGCUCAUGACUGAGGAUUCGCAGAUGGCGGACAAGGCAGUAGAGCACAUUUGCUUCCUUGCUGAUGUGAACAAGCUCUACGACAAUGCCUUGGGUCUUUACAAUCUGGACCUGGCAUUACUUGUUGCCCAACAAUCUCAAAAGGAUCCUCGAGAAUAUUUACCGUUCAUGCAAAACUUGCAAGAGAUUCCUGAACUUCGACGUCGCUUCAGUAUCGAUGACCACCUCGGGAGACAUAACAAAGCUCUAGAACAUUUACAUUCUCUAGAUGCCUUCUUAGAAGUCCAAACAUAUACCCAAAAGCAUGCACUGUACCAACAGGCUCUCUCACUCUACCGCUACAACCCCUCCCAACACUCAACGCUCACGAACCUCUACGCUCAAUAUCUCGAAUCAAAAUCAUCUUUCAAGGAAGCCGCCUUAGCCUACGAAUCCCUCAACAACUACGAAAAAGCCACAUCUUGCUACCUCUCCUCCGGCCCCUCCAGCUGGCGAGAAUCCCUAUAUUGCGCUCUCUCCCAAACACCGCCCAUCUCCGGCCCUGCUCUCACAGAUCUAGCCACAACCCUCUACGACGCCCUGAUCGAAAGCAAAGACUACUUCGCCGCCGCCACCAUUCAACUGGACUACCUAUCCUCCAUCCCCAACGCCUGCAGAGCAUUCUGCAAAGGCUAUUUCUUCGCCGACGCCUUACACCUCAUCGCCAUGAAACGGACAACCGAACUCUUAGAACAAGUAAUCGACCCCUGUCUCGGCGACGCCCUCGCAUCAUCCACCGAGCUCCUCUCAGACUGCAAAGCUCAGCUCCUCGCCCAGAUCCCCCGUAUCCUGGAACUCCGCGAGAAAGCUCUCUUGGACCCACUAGCGUUCUACGAAGGCGAGCGAGGUGGGGGAGCAGAUGGAGAUUUGCCGGAUGAUGUGAGUGUGGCGGCUAGUUCGAGAUUGAGUACGAAUCGGAGUCUGUUUACGAGGUAUACGGGGAAGGGGGGUAGUGUGGGGACGGCGGGGACGGGGGUUAGUAGGGCGACGAGUAAGAAUCGGAGGAGGGAGGAGAGGAAGAGGGCUAGGGGGAAGAAGGGGAGUGUUUAUGAGGAGGAAUAUUUGGUUAAUAGCGUGAGGAGACUUAUUGAGAGGGUGGAGAGUGUUAGAGGUGAGGUGGGACGGUUGGUUGAGGGGUUGGUUAGGAGGGGGAUGUGGGAGAGGGCGAGAGCUGUGGAGGUUGCGUUGGCGGAAGUGAUUGAGAUGUGCAGGGGCUGUGUGCCGGAAGUCUUUGGGACAGGCGAGAGCGUGAAAGUGGAGGGUGAGGUGGGAGCUGAUGGAGAGGUGUAUAGAGCUGUUGGUGGGGAUGCGGUUUUGCAGGAGAGUCUUGAGGCUGCUGGCAAGAAGAAGGAGCCUCCACUCAUUGCUGCAUUUCAAAAGCUUGCUUUGCUUGGAACAUAGAGAUAGACCUGAUAAUC